AAUCCAACAAGACAAGGCCACAACUAAACGGCCACGACACAUUUUCAACAACCACAUAUUUGGGAAGGUUCUGAAAGGGAGGAGCAGGCAAUUUUGACUGAAGAACUUUGCAAAUAUGCCGUCUCUCUUAUUCACAUGCUUUCUCGUACAGCUGCUCAUCCACCUUGUCAAUACCUUCGGCGCAGCUACGAUAAAUAACCUAGUAAGCUCUCUUAUCCUAUCCCUUUCCUUUCAUGGGUUUCCUAUAGUCUGUAUACUCUUUUUAAAUGAUGUAGCUAACCCACCGCAGUUAUGGAACCUCUACAAUAUGCUCCCAACCCCGACUUCGCAAUCCGCAGGCGAACAAAAGAAAUUGAAGCGGGAAUAUAUGAAAGUUCGUCAAGAAAUGAAUGCUACCAGUAGUCAAGAUGAAUUCGCCAAAUGGGCAAAGUUGCGCAGACAGCAUGACAAGCUAUAUGAUCAGCUGGAGAAGUCAAGUACGUCCCUUCCCAGACUACAGAUUUCAUUAUUGAGUGACUCAAAAUUAACAUCUCAUCCACAGAAUCCUCCCUCGAUUCCACCAAAUCCACUUUCGAUACCUCUGUUUCUACACUCCGCUGGUUGGGCACAAAUGGUUUACGAAUGUUGUUACAAUUUUGGUUUUCUAAGCAAGCUAUGUUUUGGUUACCUAAAGGAUGGUUUCCUUAUUACGCGGAGUGGUUGUUGAGUUUCCCAAGAGCACCAUUGGGAAGUAUCAGUAUACAAGCAUGGACACUUGCAUGCGCGGCUGUAAUCUUGUUGGUCAGUGACGCCUUGGUUGCGGUGGUUGCUUUGGUUUUGGGAGCACGAACUGGUGUUCAAGGCCAGAAAGCAAAAAAGAUGGAGGAGCCUUUGAAAGCUGGUGGACAAGGCACGGAGAAGGCUGGGAGGAAAGAGUUGUGAGGUUCUUAAUUCUGGAUACACAUACACUUGAACGAAUAUAAUGGUUGUACGAACAUUUCUAUAUUUCUACAAAACAUGAUGAUACGGCAUAAAGAAUGUCUCUCAACAAUUAAGACGCAAAGAUCUUCAUAGCUAACGCUGAGAUCAUGCAACACGAGUGAGAUGACUCUUGGCAGAGUACUUGGGGCUUAAUCUGGGCAUACUUUUUGACUGUGAGAGACCAUUGAGAAAAGGGUCGCCAAAGCUUCGAAAGUGCCACUUCAUGUGUAGCAAAUUAAUACCAUACCUAUUU